AAAUCGAUCAAUCGCCAUCUUGACUUUUUCACAACCUCUGUGCUUUUUUCUGACUGCAAAAAAUACACGUCUAGUGUAAAAAUUAUUAUUAACAACAAUUUAAUUAAUAUAAAUAAUAUAAUCAUGAUUGGAAGUCAAAUGGUAAGAAGAUUUGCAACAAGUGCACUUCUUCGUCAUGGAGCUGAAACUGGUGGACGACCAGGAAUGAACUUACCAUUCGACACCAACAACAAAUACAAGUUGACAGCAUAUUUCAUCUUGUUCUUUGGAAGUGGUCUUGCUGCACCUUUCCUCAUUGUUCGCCAUCAAUUGUUGAAGUAAACAUAUACACAUCAAUAGAGUAGUCACUAAUUGGCAUAUUGAAAAAAAAAAAAAAAAAUUACUCAAUUAUCUCUUUAUCAAGUGUAUAUAAUAUCAAUAAUAAAUAAUAAAAAUU